GGAACAUCGGCGGCUGCCCGGGUGACUCAGUUAUAUGUCACAGAAUAACAUUCGAGAAUGGGAUAUGGAAUGGGGCGACGACCGCCUCAGCUCCAACAGCCUUCUGCAGCAAUGAGGCCGACCCGAGGCCGGGCCGGUGAGCGGGGUUCUCUUCGCGCAUCCUGCGGCCGCGAGAGUUAAAGGCCACCCCCGCGGGGCCCUGAUCCCCGGCGUGCCCGCGUCCUCCGCCCCCUCGCCGCGUGCCCCUCACCAUGACCGGCUCCGCCGCCGACACUCACCGCUGCCCCCACCCCAAAAGCAUCAAAGGCACCCGGUCCCGGAGCAGCCACGCGCGGCCGGUGAGCCUCGCCACCAGCGGGGGCUCGGAGGAGGAGGACAAAGACGGCGGGGUGCUGUUCCACGUGAACAAGAGCGGGUUCCCUAUCGACAGCCACACCUGGGAGCGGAUGUGGCUGCAUGUUGCCAAGGUCCACCCCAGAGGGGGAGAGAUGGUAGGCGCCAUCAGAAACGCUGCCUUCCUGGCUAAGCCUUCAAUUCCCCAGGUCCCAAACUACAGGUUGUCCAUGACGAUCCCAGACUGGCUCCAGGCCAUCCAGAAUUAUAUGAAGACACUACAAUACAACCACACAGGGACCCAGUUCUUUGAAAUCAGGAAAAUGCGACCUCUGAGCGGGUUAAUGGAGACGGCGAAAGAGAUGACCCGAGAGUCCUUGCCUAUCAAAUGCCUGGAGGCAGUCAUCCUGGGCAUAUAUUUAACCAAUGGGCAGCCUUCCAUUGAGCGGUUCCCUAUCAGCUUUAAAACCUACUUCUCAGGAAGCUACUUUCACCAUGUCGUGCUGGGGAUUUACUGCAAUGGUUACUACGGUUCACUGGGCAUGAGCCGAAGGGCGGAGCUGAUGGACAAGCCGCUGACCUUUAGGACUCUGAGUGACCUUGUCUUUGACUUUGAAGACUCCUAUAAGAAAUACCUUCACACGGUCAAGAAGGUCAAGAUUGGGCUGUACGUCCCCCAUGAGCCUCACAGCUUCCAGCCCAUCGAGUGGAAGCAACUUGUCCUCAAUGUCUCAAAGAUGCUGAGGGCUGACAUCAGGAAGGAGCUGGAGAAGUACGCCAGGGACAUGCGGAUGAAGAUCUUGAAACCUGCAAGUGGCCACUCUCCAACCCAAGUGAGAAUCCGGGGAAAGUCCCUGUCUCCACGGAGGAGACAAGCAAGCCCUCCAAGGAGGCUCGGCAGGCGAGACAAAUCGCCUGCUCUGACCGAGAAGAAGGUGGCUGACCUCAGCACUCUGAACGAAGUGGGCUAUCAGAUCCGGAUCUAGCCAGGCAAGGCCAGCAAGGCUUCUAUGGUGCUCUUCUCUGCGCUUUACCCAGCAGCUUCAGGAGGAACUGCAACUUAUGGAGUUUUGAUUUUGAAGGAUUUACCAGGAGAUAGAAUCUGAGUGGGUUUUUGAAAAACUCACUGGUCAGCAGGCAUGACUGGGCUGAAGUGACGGACAAACCCCUGGGUUGACUGACUCCCUCACUCAGGAUCUCAAGAACAAUGUUACUGCAGUUUUCUAUUUUUCCAUUUGCCGACUGUUCCGCUUGCUUUGGACAUUACGCCUCGGCUAUAGUAACCGUUUGUGGAGUCCCCUCCCACUUUUGGUACAGCAGGCAGCUCAGCCAGUACCGCUGUCUUCUCAGCAAUAACAAGCGAGGAUGGGUGGCUUCUUUAAACAGUUGAUAUUACCUCAGCGUUUGGCAUCAGAUAUGCAGUCUUAAUGAGUUUUAUAUUCUAUUUGUAUUGUUUUCCUACAGGGAUCUCAAUGGUCUGGAGGGUUUUUGUUGUUUUUUUCUGGUUCACACGUGAGAUGAGAUUUAAGUUAUAUGCAGAUGCUUUAGAAGCACUGAAGUUCUGGCAAUAAGGGAAACAGUGGGGUCUUGGAGUCUCUUUCCUUAAAGCAUCUGCUGACAGGUUUUCUCCUAACAAGCAUGUUAAGAAGCUCUAGCCCAUGCUGUUGCCAACAGUUAAGCCUUUUCUGAGUCAAGCAAAAAGCACAAGAGACCAUGUGUUCCUGAAAACACAGCAGUGCUGAGACUUCUCAGACAGGAGGGCAGAGGUCUGGUCAGCCUUGGCUCUUAGUGGCUCCUGGUAGUUAGUGUUCUGCUGUCUUUCAUGAGGGUAGACAUGUUUUCCAGGAGCUUGUCUUAGGCGCCACUUCAUGGCCUUAGGAGGCACUGGGGGAAGCCAGGUCCUUAAGCCUGUCUUAAAGGAGGAGUUUCAGCACAGUGCUCUGCCUCAGUGUUACCCAGGCUGGAGCACAGUGAGCCUGCCUGUGGCCACUCCAGCACAGCUUCUGCUCGCACCUCGAGGAGGAAGCACAGCUUCAAGUCAUUCAUCUUAGUGGUCACCAUGCCAACUCAGGAGAGCAGAGGCCCAGCUGCAGCUGAGUGGCUGGCCCCCAGAGUUCAGCACGCUCCCUUUUGGCUGUGACUGGGAAGCUCUAAGAAGUCAACGUCUGCUCACUAAGUCUUUGCCAGGAAAACCCUAGGGCCACAAGGAGGGCAAAGGUGUGUGCAGAAAAAAA